AAGGAUUGCUGGGAUUGCGCUAAGGGCCAGCCAGGGCGAAGUCGCGUUUGAUUGGCCCCCGCAGCCCCGGUUUGACUGGCUGUACGAAGGUAGUUUGUGUACGGCGGGAUCCGCAAUGGUUAAAAUAGGGUUGCAGUUCAGCGCCAACCUGGAGAAUUUGUCGAGUUUCAAAGCUGGCGAAGACUUUGUCUGGUACCUGAAGCUCAAGUGCAUGAGUUGCGGCGAGGAGGGUGUCAACUGGCACAGCGUCGAAGCGGACUCCAAGAGCGCCUGCAAAGGAGGGCCCGGCUCGGCCAACCUGGUCAUUCGGUGCAAGUUGUGCAGCCGCGAGAACAGCCUGGACGUCAUUCCGUCGUCUUUGGUGCCGUACACGGCCGACGACUCGCCCAGUUUCAAGACGAUCGUGGCGUUCGACUGCCGGGGCGUCGAGCCCGUCGCCUUCGACGCACGCGACGGCUUCGAGGCCGUGGCCGCGGAGUCUGGCUCCCGCUUCGCUCAGGUCAAGCUCGAAGACAACGAGUGGGCAGACUACGACGAAAAAGCCAAGCAGACUGUGGGAGUGUACGAGCUGACCCACAGGUUUGUCAAACUGAAACACUGAAUGCGCUAAUAAAAGAUGCCGCCAGCUUU